AUGUCUUGGGUGAAGCUAUGGGACGAAUGCGUUUUCAAGCGAAAGAUUGUGCAUCUUCCCAAAAACGUUUCUAUGAAACAGAAAGACUUGCUCACUCUGGAUUCAGGGAAGCCUCGCAGACCAAUGCAGAAGAUUGCUUUGCUUUGUGGACCAGCCGGUUUGGGGAAAACAACACUGGCGAACGUUGUUGCACGACAAGCAGGGUAUGCCGUUGUUGAAUUGAAUGCCAGUGACAGCAGGAAUGUGCCUGAUUUCGAGAAAGCUCUUGAAGGUGCCGUUCGUACUGCUCGAACCCUGGACCAGGCCAUACGAUAUCUCGUCAAAGCAACUCAAGCUGCUGGAAAGAAAGCAAUACGUCGCCCUAUCAUUUGUAUUUGCAAUAAUAUGUUCACUCCUGCCCUGCGUGAGCUUCGAGCGGUUGCUCUCAAUGUUCAGGUCGCAGCGACGGCGAAGGAGCGUCUCAUUCAGAGGCUUACAGUAAUUGCUGAAUUGGAAGGCGUUCGCAUUGAUCGCUUUGCGCUACAGCGGCUCGUGGAAUUAUGCCAGUGCGAUGUUCGGUUCUCAAUCAACACACUGCAGUAUGUGUCUGUCCUUGCCCAGAAGGAGCGGCGUUAUGUUUCCGCAGAUGACAUACAAAAGGCUGUGGAACGUGAAAGAGUGGGAUCUGCGUCAAUUUUUGAAAAUUGGUCUACGAUGCUGGAUUUCGGUCAUCAUUUUGACAAGAAAGGCGUCUUACGCUCAUUGUCGGAAAGGCUGCAGCUGGUUGAGCGCGUUGCAUUUGAGCGAGGCGAUGACCGCUUUGUGAAUGGUCUACACGCUAACUACCUCAGCGUAAAUCUACCCUUGAAGGCUAUUAGAUCUGGUGCCGAAGCUUUCGUCCAUUACGAUCGCAUUAUGCUUGCGAUCAACGAGAAACAAGAUUACACUCUGAUGAAGUACGUCACCGUGUUCUACAUGCUUCUCCAUGCAGCUGUGGCCACCCAUACUAAGGCUAAACUGAAGUAUCCCCAGCAGGAACAAACUGCGCUUCAGAGGCGACGAGAGUCGCAGGAAACCCUCUCUAGUGUUCAGUGCUCCCUCCUUGGGCAGAUAUGCUCACAAACGCUACUACUGACUAAUGAUGUACUGCCUCUGCUGCUACAAAUUGUGCAGCCACCUAUCAAGACGAUGAACCAACAGUUGUACAGCACGCAGGAAUUGAAGGAGAUUGACAACGUCGUGAGCAUAAUGGCAGAUUAUCACUUGACCUUCACCCCAACAAGUCAGACCGAUUGA